AGAAAAAAGGUUGUACAUUUUCUGUCGCAUUUCCUUGACAUUUUCGUUACCCGAUCACUAUUACGCUCCUUUGAGAAAGAGACCAUAAUCUGAUUCUAUAUCUUCUUCAAGAUCUGAAGUUUCUUCACACGUUUAGCAGCUCGAUUUGUUGGAUUGCGCCUGUUCGAUUCCCUUCUUCUCCACAUCCAAAUUCCUUCUCGUUUACUUUGGUAAUUCGUUGUUGGUUGAUGCGAUUGAUCGAUUGGAUCACGUAAAAAAAUGAGUAUGGUGGAUGCGAUUGUUCCCGGAGACAUGGCUUGCCUGGAUGCCGAUUUGUUGCAGCUACAAGAGAUGACUUCAUUUGUGCUCAACUCAAAACCCGGAUUCACGCAGAAGCUCUUCGACCAGUGGCUUUCUCUUCCCGAAGCUCAUCGACAGAUUGCAUCAUUGCUUCAUGAUGCCUUGGCUGGAGCUCCUCUGAAUGUAACUGGAACUGCAUCUGGUUCAAAUUCUGCCACCAGCAAUUCUAUCCCUUCCAUGUUCCCUGCGGGAAGUGCUCCUCCGCUUUCACCAAGGAGUUGUGGUUCACCGCGUGUGACGAAACAGAGAGCUGGCCCUUCUAACUUAGGUUCUUCUCUAAAAGUAACCAGCGAGCCUGUUAAAGACCCAAUGCCUCAGUUUUAUUUUCAAAAUGGUCGCCCACCACCAAGCGAGAUGAAAGAGCAAUGUAUGUUUAGAAUCAACCACUUUUUCUAUGGUCACUUGGAUGGGCUGCAGAUACAAGAGUUCAAAUUAGUCACACGAGAAAUCUGCAAGCUCCCGUCUUUCUUCUCCACAACACUUUUCAGGAAGAUCGAUGUCAAUAAUACAGGUUUUGUUACCAGAGAAGCAUUUAUUGAUUAUUGGGUGAACGGGAACAUGUUGAUAAUGGAUACAACGACCCAGAUCUUUAAGAUACUUAAGCAGCAAAAUCAGAAUUUCAUUGUUAAGGAUGAUUUCAAACCACUACUUAAAGAACUUUUGGCGACACAUCCUGGGCUAGAGUUUUUGCAAGGAACACCUGAAUUCCAAGAAAGAUAUGCUGAAACUGUUACCUACAGAAUAUUUUACUACAUAAAUAGAUCUGGAAAUGGUCGAAUUACAUUUAGGGAGCUUAGACGGGGAAACUUAAUUGAUGCAAUGCUACAUGCUGACGAAGAAGAAGAUAUCAACAAAGUGUUGAGGUACUUCUCAUAUGAGCAUUUCUAUGUCAUAUACUGCAAGUUCUGGGAGCUGGAUACGGAUCACGAUUUCCUGAUUGACAAAGAAAAUCUUAUGAGAUAUGGAAACCAUGCUCUGACUUACCGGAUUGUCGACAGAAUUUUCUCCCAGGUUGCUAGGAAGUUCACAAGCAAAGUUGAAUGGAAAAUGGGGUAUGAGGAUUUCGUCUAUUUCAUACUCGCGGAAGAAGAUAAAUCGUCAGAGCCUAGCCUCGAAUAUUGGUUUAAGCUCGUAGACUUGGAUGCGAAUGGGAUUCUUACAAGAAAUGAGAUGCAAUUCUUUUACGAGGAGCAGUUGCAUCGAAUGGAGUGCAUGGCGCAAGAGGCUGUUCUUUUUGAGGAUAUCUUAUGUCAGAUAAUUGAUAUGAUCGGACCAGAGAAUGAAAGCCAUAUAAUGCUGCAUGACCUGAAGGGCUCCAAGCUCUCUGGAAACGUCUUCAACAUCCUUUUUAAUCUUAAUAAAUUUAUGGCAUUUGAAACACGGGACCCGUUCCUCAUUCGUCAGGAGCGUGAGAACCCUACACUGACAGAGUGGGAUCGUUUUGCACAUAGAGAGUAUAUUAGGCUUUCAAUGGAAGAAGAUGUUGAAGAUGCAUCCAAUGGAAGUGCUGAAGUUUGGGAUGAGUCACUGGAGGCUCCCUUCUGAUUUCUCAUAAAUAACAGAAGUACACAUUCAUUGGGAAGAAUCUUUGGAGCUCAUUGGAGAAUGGAAAGGAAAAGCCAUAAUUAGUUUGGAUUUCGUUAUUAUGAUUAUAAGUUUUCUACGUUCUUUUCAUAUUUAGCUACUAAAUUAUACAGAACUCUAUAUUAUUAAUAAUGGUCUAGCUCAUCGCUUGUAUUUGCAUUCACUGUGCUGAUGUUUUUACCUCCUGGUUUUUUUGUCUGUACUUUGUAGCUGUGUUACUUCAUUAUUUCUUCCACUUGUUGAGAAUACCAUAGUUUUUUUUCUUUUUUUUGGUUCUGUUUUUAGAGGAAUCCAAGAAAGAUUAGUUUAUAUAUUUUCUUAAAACUUUAUACAUA